AUGCCGUCUUCUCGGCUGUUGCCACUACCUGUAGAGCUACAGACUGCCAUUGUCGAAUACAUUCCUCGGCCGAGCGACCUGAAGAGCCGCUGUCUCACGUGCAAACAGCUGCGCGAUGUCGCCACCCCGAAGCUGUAUCAUACGGUCAUACUAGACUGCCAUGCUUGGAGAGACAAGUGCUCGUUCCUGACACAUAGCAACCUGGGGCACCAGCACGUCAAGAAGUUAACCAUCUACGACUACCCAGAGGAGCUAUCGGUUACUGUUCAGGCAGCAGCUAAUGUCACGAUACGAUCCGCACUGUCGCUGAUACCUCAAGACGCCCUGCGAGUCAUUCAAUCGCCUCGUAAACUUGAGAUCGAGGAGCAGACUUGGUCCGUCCUUGGCGCUCGUCAAAGAAAGCUGGAAGAGGUCGGCAUGGUUUUGAAUGGCCUGCAGAAAUACACCUUACGCUCUGUGGUAGAGACUUGCUUCAAGCACUUGAGAAGUCUAGUGGUCCUUCCAUACAUCCGCACCAAGAAUGAUCUGGAUAUUUACAACCGUGUUCUGAGCAACUGCCGUGAUCUAAAAUCACUGAACAUUUUCAGGAGCAUUGGAAUAGGAGGUGCCCAUGUCAACGCCGCGUCUUUUAAAAGCUGUUCAGAAGCAUCAGUCUUCACGCUAUCGAGGCUCUUCCCGAACCCUCCGAAGGACAGAAUGCAGCUCGAAAUCCUUGCUCUGGCACUCCUGGACCUUGCUAUCGCGACCGACGUCUUGCACGCUCGAUUUGAUCUCUCAUGCAUACACAGUCUCACAGCUCUCUCAUGCGAGAACUUGCCAUCGUUGCUAGCAUCUUUUACGGGAUCCAUUCUCGAGAGACACAACAGCCUUGUUGCAGUUCAACUAUGCAGCAAGGAAUACGACAAAGAUGUUGCGGCUAUCGAAAACUUUCUGGCUUCCUUUGCAGGGCUCGAAUACCUCCAAAUCACGUUCCACCAUAACAAAGACCUCCUGGACCCCCAGCAUCUCAACACUCACAGAAUAACACUGCGGCACCUCCAAGUCUCCACUUGCGCUGACUUUCGAAGCCCACUUCGAGCGACCUACGAAAUCAGCCAACUUGCAAGCAUCACCCAGAACUUCUUGGAACUUCAGCAACUGGCUCUUGUCAUGCCUACGAUAACGCUUGGUGAAUUCGCGCGCGGCGACUUGGGUGAUUUCGGGCGUGUUCUAGACCUCAUCGCCGCUCUCUCCAAGCUAGAGAUACUGCACAUUCUCAACUGGCCCCUUGCCACUAUCGAGAGCAACGAGGACACAGAAAAUCACUACUUCAAGAAGUCCUACCUAAGAGACGUGGAUGACUUCGCCAGCAGCGUCGUUCAGCGCUUGUUCCCGCCGACAGCUUCUCAUACGGGCCCUCUCAAAGUACUACGCAUUGGCGAGAGCUCAUGGGGUACUAGUACAGUGCGUGUUGACCGAGCCGGUAGCCGUGGUACUGGCGAUGGAGACUUCUUUACACACAAGCAGGGCAGGUCAUACUAUCUGAUCGGCCACUUCGUCGACUGCUUUGGGGUCCGCAAGCCAUCCGCUGUGAGAAGUCCUGCUCAACUGGUCAAGUUUGCGCAACCUGAGUUCAACGCAGUGCCUGGCUUAGGUGGACCGGAUCACGGGAUGGCACAGGGACACUAUUUAAGACCAAGGUCACUUCGUUGA